AUGUUUGGGAAGACUUUUACGAGGCCAUUGACUCAGGCGACGAUAAAAGGCUCUAGCUUUUAUGAAUUCGUAGAAUUCAUCAAAACGCCAAAAGAGAUGAGGCCCUAUAUAUAUCGUCCGAAGAAUGCAGACAAAUUACUGGCUAUGGAUCUGAAGGACUCUGAUAAUAAACCUUUACAAUCUCGUCCACCGAUUAAAAAACCUUCGAGGGCUGCUUUCAACAAUUUGUUGUUUCAAAUGCAAUCUCCUGGGGAGUUGACAGGAUUGCUACAAGAAUGGGUUGAUAUUACGCCUAGAAAAAAAGUACUAUGGGCUUAUUUCCAUUCUGAGCAUCUUCAGAACAUGUUGAUAGUUUCUACGUUUAAACUUGGGAUGUAUGGAAAACUAUUACAAAAGAUUUAUGAAUUGCAGCCUAACUUCAAGCAAGCUAAUAAUGGCCAUAUAUAUAACGCCAACAAUUGGCUAACGACAAAUCUUAUGUGCCGAUUGCAAAUCAACGGGGCAAAAAACUUUAAAAAUAAAUUCCUUGUUAAGAAGAAGGUGGUGACCCUGUUAGAAAGUACUGCGAAUAAGCAUGAAACCAAUGGUUUGGCUAAAGAAUUACUCAUGUGUAUCAAUAAGCAGCAAGACACUGACAUAUCGAUUCCAACAGAAUUGGAUAAACCAGUAAAUUUACCAAGUAUUGAUGUCGAAAAAAGCACGUUUGGUGUACUGGCGAAGUACAUCACAGCCCACAGAAACUUGUAUCUUGAGGCAAGAACUGCAUUAGAGUUUGGUUCUGAUAAUGACUCCGUAAAAUUAUUUGUUAAUAACUAUCAAACCAUCCUAAACAAAUUAAAGAGGCCUGGUGAUAUUUAUGACGAAAGUGUAGCUUCAUUAAAACAGUUGAUUAAACCAUUAGAGAAAACUAAAUGA